AUGGCGUGUCGGUCGCGCCUGGUCGGCUUGGCAUCCCGCCGCGAGCACUACCGCUCAGACUGGCAUCGUGUGAACCUGAAGCGCAAGGUGGGCGGUCUGGGUCCCCUAAGCCAGGAGGAGCUCGCCAUCCGCGUGGCGGCGAUGCGCAGCGAGGAGGAGGGGAAGCAGCGCAAGCGCGAAACGAAGUUCUGCGGGCCGUGCUCGAAGAAGUUCUCGUCGGAGAAGGCGCUAGAGAACCACGUCAAGUCGCGGCGGCACCUGGAGCGCAUGCGCGUAUCAGGGGACGCGGGCUCUGUUGAGGUGUCGACGAUUGGCGGCUCGGACGAGGAGGAGGGGGAGGUGCGCGCGCAGGCGAGGGCGGCGGGCGUGGAGGAUGACACCGCUGUGCAGAUGGAGCUGGAGCGCAGGCUGGCGGAGAGCCGCGGGCUGGAGGGGCGGGAGUGCCUGUUUGAUGAGAGCGUGCACGAGAGCGUGGAGGAGAAUAUCAAGUACAUGGCGAAGCGGUACGGGUUCUUCGUGCCGUACGUAGAACGGCUGAAGGAUGUGGACGGGCUGAUGAGGUAUUUGGGGCAGAAAGUCGGAGUGGGGUACGCGUGCGUGGAGUGUGAUCGGGCGUUCGGGGCGGUGGCGGAUGCGCGGAAGCAUAUGAGGGACAAGGCGCACUGCAAGAUGACGGCAGACGAGGAGGACUGGAUGGCGGAGUAUGGGGAGUUUUACGAGUUUGAAGGGGACGACGGGUGGGAGGAGGUCGGCGAGGAGGAAGGGGCGGUCGUGGAUGUCGGUGGCGAGGUGGUGGAGCGCGAGGAGGUGAACGCGGAGGAGGUGGGGCUGGCGGUUAACGGCAAGGUGCUCGGGCACAGGUCGCUGCGCAGGUAUUACGAACAGAGCGCGGGCGGGCACGUGGACGAGCGCGCGGCCGUGGUGGCGAACAGGGUGAUGCGGGAAUACCGCCUGCUGGGGUGGGAGGGGAAGGGAAGGGACGCGGUCGCAGUCAAGAAGAUGCGGAGGGAGACUCGCAGGGAUCAACGGUUCCAGCUGUCGGUCGGCGGGCAGAACUACUACACGCGUAAGGCGCGGUUCAAGCAGAGCAUGGCGGUGUUCAACUCGGGGUACAGGGCGUGA